ACCGAGAGGAGUAGCUAGCAGCUAGAGCGGAGUUGGAGGAAGCGGCGGCCACAGGAGGGGCGGUGGACUUGUGCGUCGGAGACGUCUAGCCGGGAUCGACGGGCAGGUUGGCCGGCUUGGAGGCGCGUGGGAACCGUGCGCUCAGGAGGGUGCUUCGCGGGUCCGCGACGGAAGAGCCAGCGGGGAGGUGAAGCUAAGUGUGGAGUGCAACAGUAAAAUCAGACGACAGAUGGACAGUGUGACAAGAACGUCAGAGAGGAUUGGGCCUCGCCGUGAGAGGCAGCCUGGAGUCAACGUGUUGACAAGUUGCUGAGAGGAAAGCCAGCGGGGCCUGUGGCACUCGGGAAGCAGACACUGUCUCCAGUUACGCCAUUGAUGGAGGACAGAUGGACAGCCGGAUGGCCAGUCAGCUCUCCCCUUAAACCUGUGGAGAGUGGCCCUCUGUCCUGUGCUGGACACCUAGUAGAGAUUCUAGCACCCUCCCUGAACUCCUUUGCUGUCAGAACGCAAACUUAGACUGCAGCGUGCCACCAGCCGCAUCCAUUGCGUGGUAACGCCUGCAGACAUGAGUGCCGAGGGCUACCAGUACCGAGCGCUGUACGACUAUAAAAAGGAAAGAGAAGAAGAUAUCGACCUCCACCUGGGGGACAUUCUGACUGUAAACAAAGGGUCCUUGGUGGCACUUGGAUUCAGUGAUGGGCAGGAAGCCCGGCCAGAAGAAAUUGGCUGGUUAAAUGGCUAUAAUGAAACCACUGGGGAGAGGGGAGACUUCCCGGGAACUUACGUUGAGUAUAUUGGAAGGAAAAAAAUCUCACCUCCCACUCCAAAGCCCAGGCCACCUCGGCCCCUUCCUGUCGCACCGGGUUCUUCAAAAGCUGAAGCAGACAUUGAACAACAAGCUUCAGCCCUUCCGGAUCUGGCAGAGCAAUUUGCACCUCCUGACAUUGCCCCGCCUCUCCUUAUCAAGCUGGUGGAAGCCAUUGAAAAGAAAGGUCUGGAAUGUAUGACUCUGUACAGGACAGCGGGCUCCAGCAACCCUGCAGAGUUACGGCAGCUUCUUGACUGUGAUGCUGCCUCGGUGGACUUAGAAAUGGUUGAUGUGCAAGUUUUAGCAGAUGCUUUUAAACGCUAUCUCCUGGACUUACCAAAUCCUGUCAUUCCAGUAGCCGUUUACAGUGAAAUGCUUUCUUUAGCCCAAGAAGUACAAAGUUCCGAGGAGUACGUCCAACUCUUGAAGAAGCUCAUUAGGUCGCCUACCAUACCUCACCAGUAUUGGCUUACGCUUCAGUAUUUGCUAAAACAUUUCUUCAAGCUCUCUCAAUCUUCCAGCAAGAAUCUUUUGAGCGCAAGAGUACUUGCUGAAAUUUUCAGCCCUGUGCUUUUCAGGUUUCCAGCAGCCAGCUCUGAUAGUACUGAAAACCUCAUAAAAGUUAUAGAAAUUUUAAUCUCAACUGAAUGGAAUGAACGACAGCCAGCACCAGCACUGCCUCCUAAGCCUCCCAAACCCACCACGGUAGCCAACAACGGUAUGAAUAACAAUAUGUCUUUACAAGAUGCCGAAUGGUACUGGGGAGACAUCUCGAGGGAAGAAGUGAAUGAGAAACUUCGAGAUACAGCAGAUGGAACCUUUUUGGUACGAGAUGCAUCUACUAAAAUGCACGGUGAUUACACGCUCACACUAAGGAAAGGAGGGAAUAACAAAUUAAUCAAGAUAUUUCACCGAGAUGGAAAAUAUGGCUUCUCUGACCCAUUAACCUUCAACUCUGUGGUUGAGCUAAUAAACCACUACCGGAAUGAAUCUCUAGCUCAGUACAACCCCAAGCUGGAUGUGAAAUUACUAUAUCCAGUAUCAAAAUACCAGCAGGAUCAGGUUGUCAAAGAAGAUAACAUUGAAGCUGUAGGGAAAAAAUUACAUGAAUAUAACACUCAAUUUCAAGAAAAAAGUCGAGAAUAUGAUAGAUUAUAUGAAGAGUAUACCCGUACUUCCCAGGAAAUUCAAAUGAAAAGAACAGCUAUUGAAGCAUUUAAUGAAACUAUAAAAAUAUUUGAAGAACAGUGUCAAACCCAGGAGCGGUACAGCAAAGAAUACAUAGAAAAGUUUAAGCGUGAAGGCAAUGAGAAAGAAAUACAGAGGAUUAUGCAUAAUUAUGAUAAGUUAAAGUCACGGAUAAGUGAGAUUAUUGACAGUAGAAGAAGAUUAGAGGAAGACUUGAAAAAGCAGGCGGCUGAGUAUCGAGAGAUCGACAAACGCAUGAACAGCAUCAAACCAGACCUUAUUCAGCUAAGGAAGACGAGAGACCAGUACUUGAUGUGGUUGACUCAAAAAGGUGUUCGGCAAAAGAAGCUGAACGAGUGGCUGGGCAGCGAGAACACUGAAGACCAAUACUCACUGGUGGAAGAUGAUGAGGAUUUGCCCCACCACGACGAGAAGACGUGGAAUGUCGGCAGCAGUAACCGCAACAAAGCUGAAAACCUCCUGCGAGGGAAACGUGACGGCACGUUCCUUGUCCGGGAGAGCAGCAAGCAAGGUUGCUACGCCUGCUCUGUGGUGGUGGACGGCGAGGUCAAGCAUUGUGUCAUCAACAAAACGGCCACUGGCUAUGGCUUUGCGGAGCCCUAUAACCUGUACAGCUCCUUGAAGGAACUGGUGCUACAUUACCAACACACCUCUCUCGUGCAGCACAACGACUCCCUCAACGUCACGCUAGCAUACCCGGUAUAUGCACAGCAGAGGCGAUGAGCGCUGCCCUCCGAUCCUGUUCCUGACCUUCAGCCACCCAAGGCCUCUGGGAAGCAAAGGGCUCCUCUUCAGCCUGACCUGUGAAUUGAGCUGCAGACACAAAGCCUUCAUCUUUCUGCAGAUGGGACUAGAGCUUUCUUGGACAAAAAGAAGUAGGGAGAAGGCACACACAGCCCAGGGCUGCAGGACGGUCAGUUGUCUCUAACCUGGACUGCUUAUCUUUUUUUUUUUUUUUUUUAAUUUUGGUUUAAUUUAAAGCCACAAUACAACACAAAGAGGAAAAGAAAUGCAACAAUCUCUGCCUACAGGGACAAAGAGGCCUUUAACCAUGGUGCUUGUUAAUGCUUUCUGAAGCUUUACCAGCUCAAAGUUGGGACUUUGGAAACCGGGAGAUGAGGCUGCAGAGCCCGAGCCUGAGGGUGCCGGGUCCAGCCUGGGGGAGCCAGGUGUUGCUGUGCACAGUGAGCCCAGACGCGUCGCACUGUGGAUUAUUUCAUUGUCUAAGCGAACGAUAUGUAGCAGAAAGGCACUUCCACUCACGGGGGACACUUCGGGAGGACGUCAAUUCACAUACGUUCAGAGGAAAAUCUAUUGUAGCAAAGUGCCAGAAAGUGUUUAAACUUGUCAGAAAACAACACACCAACGGAAAAACAGAGCUCGGAAAACAGGACUUAAAGUGACAUUCAGUAUAUAAAAUAUGUACAUAAGAUUGAAUGACUAACUAUCAAAUAGGUGGAUUUGUAUCAAUACCAAAUAGCUUCUGUUUUGUUUUGCUGAAGGCUAAACGCACAGCGCUAUGCAAUUCUUAAUUUUCAUUAAGUUGUUAUCACUUUAAAAUGUAUUUUCAGAAUAAGCUCCCCCCACCCCGAUUUUUGUUGCUUGAAAAUAUUGUUGUCCCUGAUUUUUGUUAAUAUUUGUUUUGUUACUUUUUUUUUUAAAAAAAAGAAAUGUACAGAAUGCCAGUAAAAAAGGCUUCAGAAUUAAAACUAUGAAAUAUUUUACAGUUUUUCUUGUACAGAAUACUUGGCUGUUAGCCCAAGGUUAAAAGGUUCAUAACAGAUUUUUUUUUUUUUUUUUUUUUUUUUUUUUUUUGGACUAAAUGUUUUGUUGGGCAGUGCCUGAUAAGCUUCAAAGCUGCUUUAUUCAAUAAAAAAAUAGAAAGAUGUAUGACUAUGACAAAGUAUCGCUGAGUCCAACAAUGUUGUUUUAAGACUCUGAAAAUACGGUACCUGGCAAUGUUGUUUUCUAUUGAAUUGUGAACUUCUUGAAUCUGGGGAGCAGAAAUGUCGUCCCAGGUGGGGGGAGGGGGCGGGGAGGGGUACGCACUUUCUCCUGAAGGCAGAGAAGUGAAUGACUGCAAAGUGAAGUUGCUUAUAUUUCAGUCUUUUCCCACUUUGACUCUCUAGUUGGUGUCAGUUAGUGACAGUUACAAACCUACUGUAAUUCUCAACCCAGUGCAGCUGGCCUGGUUUCUUAUUCCUAUGAAGGAAGAGCUGAGCGUCUGCCUUUGGCUUCCGGGGACAGCGUUCCCUCCCUUUGUUUAGCACACUGUUUUCAAGGUAAACUCUCUGCAUGUAGGACACGUGUUGUUUCUCUAACAUGGAACUAGUCAUGACAACCAACUAACAUUCAUUUGAGGACAAAAAAAAAAAAAAAAAAA